AUGUGCUUAUCGGAGGUCGUUGAGGAUCGGUGGAACGCAUGUGGCGACGACGACGUGAUAGGUGGUGAACGAAUGCAAAUGUGUGUGAUCGUGUGGUUAUCCCAUUCGACAGUGCAUAUCCGGGCCGCGCGAUGGCGUCGCGAGCCAGCGACGCGAGACUCACCUCCAUUGUACGAAACGGGUCAGACGACCAUCAGCACGAUGAACGUCAACGACGAUCCGAGAACGCCGCGUAAACAGAUCAGUUCAAUCUGUGCAAGCAAGCAAGAUCCUGAGGACUGUCCAGUAAAACGUAUCCGGAUGUCACGACCGUGA